AUGCCUCCUUCCCGACAGGUGUUGUUGUUGUCCGCGUCGUGCGUGUGCUGGAGCAAGCCCACGACCGUCGUUAACUUCAGCCCCGUCGGAUAUUCCCCGGGAAUCGCCCCAGGGUUUGCCUACGCCUUCCGCGCCACCGCGCCUCUCUACGCGCCCGCCGCCGCCCCUGCGGGCGCGCAGGCCGUCGCGCAGGCGGUCGCCGGCCCCGCCCCGACCAUCGUCAAGACGCAGUACCACAGCCAGGACGAGCUUGGCCAGUACGCCUUCGGCUACGUAGGAGACGCCUCGACCGCCCACGAAGUACGGACGCUUGAUGGCGCCGUCCGCGGCUCCUACACCUACGUGGACGCUGACGGCAAGCUGCAGACGGCGACGUACGUGGCCGACAAGAACGGCUUCCGCGUCGAGGCCACCAACCUCCCCGUCUCCUCCGCCCCCAAGUCCGCCCUGCCCCUUCCGGAGCCCGUCCAGCCCACGCCCGAGGUGCAGGCCGCCACCGCCGCGCACCUGCAGGCCGUGGCGGAGGUGAAGGCCGCCCGCGCCAGGAGGUCCGCUCCAGCUCAGGGCUACCUCCCGCCGCCCGCCGCCAAGAAGGAGGCGGAGGCGCCGCUGCCCGUCAAGAAGGUCGUGAAGGUCCACGCCGCCCCCGUCGCUCCCGUCGUGCACGCCCACGCCACGCCCGCCGUCCUCGCCCCUCUCGUGCACGCCCACGUUGCCCCGCUGGUCCUUCCCCAGGCCGCGCCCUUCCCCCUCGCUGCCCAGGCCGUCUUCGUGAGGGCUGACCCCGAGGCUCUGCAGCGCGUCGCCGAGGUCCCCUUGGCGGCGCCCGCGCUGCCCGCCCUCGGCGUGGUCCCCGCGGCCGCCCCGACGCAGGUGCUGUCGCAGUUCCACUCGCAGAAUGAGCUCGGGGGCUAUGAGUACGGCUACGCGGGCGGGCCCUCCGCCAAGCACGAGAUCCGCACGGCCGACGGCGUGACCCGCGGCUCCUACUCCUACGUGGACGCCAACGGAGAGCUGCAGACGGUGUCCUACGUGGCCGACGACCUGCACGGCUUCCGGGUGCUGGCCUCCAACCUGCCCGAAGGCCCGGCGGAGGAGCACUAGAGGCCCGGCGGCGCACGGGGCCGGGAGAGCUAGCCGCUGCCCGCCCGCGCCGCCCACGGGCCCCUGGCUGCGUCGCAGAGUUAUUUAUUGUAGCGAUAGUGAGGGCGCUCCGGCCGGCCCGCCUCGCGCUCCUGCGGCCAUCGCCGUGCGGCAUUUUGCUCUUUUCAAAGGCGGUUCAGCUUCCUAAAGACAAGCCGCGAGGAGGAGCCCGGACGUUGCCGUUCCUCGGGUUAAAAAACGUUUGCAAAUCAGGAUUUUUCUAGAAAAAAAGAAAGCAUAUUUUUUCAUUUUUAUUGUAAAUAAAUCUAUGUAAAAUCG